AUGGCAAAUAACAAACUGUGUAGAUCAAAGCAAUUAUUUCAAUGUGGAGGAGUAUCCCUCUACAAAAUUCCCCAUAAUUCAACUUGUGUCUUUAAUUGGAAUCUUGAUAAUUCCAAACGAGUAUGGCAGGGCAAUAUAAAAUUCUUUGAACAAAUAUCAACCAAUUCAGAUUCAACCAAAGCAGAAACAAGUGGUGUAUCAUAUGAACACAGAUCCGAUGGUGACGAUAACAAGUUCAUAGUAGAACCAUUCUUAGGUUCACAAUCAAAAUUAUUGUUUUAUAAUCGAUUAGAAGAGGCGCAAUUAGAACCGAUUUGGGGUGAGACUUGGCAUAUCCCCCUUUCACAAACUGAAGAUUCGCAUCUUUCAUUGACUGGAAAUACCCAAUUACAUAUGAAACGAGUAAAUAAAAUAUCUCAUGAUGGAAGAGAUACUAUUAUAAAGACUUCGGAUUCUGAUCGACACUUUAAAGUAAUUGUACAAUUACCCGGAUCAGGAUAUCAUCCAUAUAUAGAUGAAGACGAUUAUGAUGGGAGUGUGGUACAAGUUGCUUUAGGGUUGGAGUUUCGGGAUUUAGAUCAAGCAUAUCGGUUUGGAGAGGUUCUAGAAGAAUACGAUUCAAGAUAUGGGAAUUCACAACGUCAAUAUUAUUAUGAUCGGAUGAUGGUUGCUAUUAAGACAUUAGCCACAAUUGGGAAUAUUACAACUACAGCACCACAAACAAAUGGUACUACUAAUAACCAAGCAAAUGGUACAACCAAUAAACAAACGAAUGGUACAACCAAUAAACAAACAAAUGGCAAUAUGAAUGGAAAUGGGAAACAAGAGAUAGAUCCACAAUCACCUGAGGAUAUUACCAUAAGAUUAAGCGAAGAGGAAAGUAAUGCAGAAGAUGAAGAAGAAGACGACGACGACGAUGACUUUGGAGAUUUCGUAACUAAAGUUAAAACGUAA